AUGUUCAUCGGUGGUCUGAACUGGGAAACAACGGAUCAAUCGCUGAAGGACUACUUCUCUCAGUUUGGAGAGGUACAAGAGUGCACGGUCAUGCGCGACAGCGCCACUGGGCGCUCCCGAGGUUUCGGGUUCCUGACCUUCAGAGACCCGAAGACAGUGAAUACAGUCAUGGUCAAGGAACACUACCUUGAUGGAAAGAUUAUCGAUCCCAAGCGCGCAAUCCCCCGUGAUGAGCAAGAAAAGACGAGCAAGAUCUUCGUUGGUGGUGUCAGCCAGGAGGCCAACGAGCAGGAUUUCAAGAGCUUCUUCAUGCAAUUCGGCCGCGUUGUUGAUGCCACGCUGAUGAUCGACAAGGACACUGGUCGUCCUCGUGGGUUUGGAUUCGUCACGUUCGACAGUGAAGCCGCCGUCGAAGCGGCCCUUUCCCGUCCACUCGAGAUCCUGGGUAAGCCCAUUGAGGUUAAGAAGGCCCAGCCCCGUGGCAACCUCCGUGAUGAAGAAGAUCGUCGUCGCCGGAGAGACGGAUUUCGCGAAAGCAGCCAGGGCGGUGAUGGAUCGUCUCAGCAGCAGGGUGGCCAAGGACCGGGCGGCAUGGCGGGCGGUAUGACGCCCCAGAUGAUGGCGCAGUACUGGCAACGGAUGCAGCAGUAUUUCGCCCUGAUGCAGCAGCAGAUGGCCGUCGCCGCGGCGCAGGGUCAGGGGAUGGGCGGCAUGGGCAUGGGCGCAAUGAAUCCGGCCAUGAUGCAGCAAAUGCAGAUGAAACAGAUGCAGCAGAUGCAGAUGGGCAGCAAUCAGCAGCAAGGCAGCAUGAGCCCGCCGUCACAGAGCUCGACCCCGCAGAUGCAGAACAUGAUGAACCCAGCCAUGAUGCAGCAGAUGCAACAGAUGCAGCAAAUGCAGAACCAAGGUCAGGGCGGUGGCAGUGCUGGCGGUAUGGGCGGCCAGAUGGGUGCCAUGCCCACCGGGGGUAACAGCCCUCCUGGAAACAUGAACAUGGGCGGGAACUACUCUGGGCCGCGCGGAGGACCCGGCUACAAUGCCCACGAGCAGAUUGCCUUCGAGCAACAGAAGUACGAGCAACAACAGGCCCGACGCGCCAUGGAGAACCGUGCUUUCUCGCCAUACCAGCAGGGAGGUCCGACCUCGUGGGAAGGCAUGUACGAUGAAGUGCCUCAGCCCAACAUUCCCACCGGUCCUCAGGCCAUGACGCGUGCCGGUAGCAUGGGACGUGGAACGACACCUCAGCCCCAGAGCGCAGCACCCGCAAACGCGCCGACUGGACCCAAGAACGCCGGAAAGCCCGGAGCCAACUACCGCGGCGGUGGACGUGGCGGCCAUCGGGGUUUCCACCCGUAUGCUCGCUGA